AUGCAGGCACUCCAGACGAGCGUCCAAAGACGCCUUGGGCUGGGCUCGUCCACUCUUACCGCCCCUCGUCGACAUGACCAACGUUCGUGUCUAAGCGAGAAUGUAUCCCUCUCUGAAGAGUCGGUAUGGUCAGCAAAUAACCAGCGGCUACGGCCUAUUACCUGGGACUCAGUUUCUCAGAUUUCCACCGCAGCCGGCAACACAUCGUCGUCGGACUCGCCUGCAUUCCUGUACUUGCGAUCCGCCUCUUACCCGACGCCAGCCACUGAGCCGAGUCCAACAGACCCCAGCAAACUGAAGAAGCUCGGUCCCCUCCACGAGCACUUGGAGACCAUCAGAAAGUACACGCCUGGCCAGGUGGCGAGAGAUAUCUGGACUGCGUCUGCCUUGAAAUUUGGAGACGACGGCGUCGUGACCAACGACAAUGUAGACGCUGGCGAACACAAUAAUUCUUGGACAUUCUGGGAGAAGAUGGUCAACACUGCUGACGCCCUUGGUACAGCCCGGUACCUCAACAAUGCCUUUGACUUACACUAUUUGUGCUUCGUUGAGAUAUUUACGGACACGGGCCGAAGACUUUCCCACUGGGAUGCAACGCCAGAAGACGCUGGCCAACUGGAUCAAGAUCAAAAGGCUUCGAAAGUGAUGGCUAGCACGCCUCUCCUUUUGCAACUCCUGACCCGAGCCGUCAUCGGCGCAGCAAGAUCUUGCACUACGUCUGCCGACAGUAAGCUCGCUCGGGUGAUGCUUGAUGCAGCACACUGUGUAUUUCGGCAAUUGAAAUAUGCUACGCGAGUCCGAGCACCCUUGAUCCUCUUCGACGUCUACAGGAACACCCUGAUAGACCUAUGGCACUGGCAAAACACCCCGGACACUCCGAAGCCACACGACCGCGACAGUGCAUUGCCAGUAUCGCCAAAAUCGACUCGACUAGAUCAAGAAUAUUCCUUGGAUGAUCUGGUCUGGUCAAUACACCCGGCCAUCCUCAACCGAGAAUACUUCGUUGUCUCCACACACCUACUCACCUUGUCGCGAUACCAUCAGAGCUGGCUAAGUCUCCCAGCACGGUCCACGGCAUGGGAGAAGCCUCUUGCGGAGUUUGUGAGGAACCUGGCCAUCCCCUCCAAGACUAGUCAAGCAUGGGUUCGGCUUCUACAGGAACAUGAACCCCCCGAGCCACCUGAUUUCCUCGAUGCAUACAUCAAGGAAGCCAAGGCAUUCCUGCAGUGGUGUACGAACGCCGUGUUUGAAGGACAGACCAUUCUGAACGGGGCCUUCGCAGACCAACCGCCUUCUUCUCAUGUGGUGUCGCGCGAUUCUCUCAACGACGCACGACUGACCCUGUAUUGGUUCUUCGUGUCUCAGAGGAAGGCACUGGAAAUUCAACCCGCCCGACCCAGUCAUUCCGUGGCAACCUCGCUGCCCAUGUUUCCCCAUUCCGACAACGCCCAUACGACACUUGACGCCUUUUGGGUUCUCUCCAGCUUUAUCUUCUGCUUCUGCAGCCCGGAGGCUCUACCGACUUCACUGCGCUCCCUCUCCGACUACACUCUCACCAAGCUGAAUCACAUGGUCAAAUGGCCGUACGGGUUUGUAUGGCAUUACCUCCAGCAGACGAUCUGUCAUGCCUCGAAGCUCCACUCGGACGGCGAUUUCGUGCAACAAGAGGACGUCCAGCAGAAAUACAUCGACCUCGCGAUCCUUGGCGCCGAACAACCGAGCAAAGCCGACGACGAUCCCGUCGUCCAAGUCGCUGUCGAAUUACAUCCGCAACCGCUCCCGGAGUUCAUCGACUCAGCGGACCUCCAUUCCCACAAUCGGAGCUCCCGGAAAGUCCUUUUUACCGUAUCCCCCGACUCGUACCACUUUCCCCUAAAACUUCCGGUGAAACUCCCCGUCAAGCUUCCCAAACGCCGCUGGCUCCAGAGGCUGAGUCUCACGGGCAUCAGCGUCAGCAGCAUCCAAUCGCCCAGUCUCAGCAGGCCUAGUAUGAGCAGGAGCCGGACGGAGCCCACAACGUUCUCGACACCCACCGAUGCGAAAGCACAUCGGCGAUCUGUCGACUCAUGGAACCUGAUGGCGGCGGCGGCGGCCUCAAACACGUACAAAGUCGAGGAAUUCUUAGGCGACUACUCAGCCAUUGUGCCGGACCUGCUGUACACGACCUGCGGGAUCGAAGAAUCGUCGCGAAGCGAAAUCCACGCCGCAGCGGCCACUGACGGAGGCGCCAUCCCGGCGUGGCGUUCUGGCGCCGACAAGGUCGGCUCGGUCGUGCAGUCGACCGAGAUCCUAUUGCCCGAGGGACGGCGGCCUUUUGUCGUACUACAUUGA